CUCAUAACACAAACUCACAAACCAAACCACACAUCAAUAUAAUUUGAUAAAAUGGCGCCAAGCAUUGCCAUUCCCGCGGCCGCGCAGCAAACGAAAGGAGAGGCGGCGCUGAGGCGGAGGAACGGGGAACUGGAGAGGGAGCUGAGGGAGAGCCUCGAGAGAGAGGAGAGAACGAGGGCGGAGUUGACACGAGCAAUGGAGCGCCUCAUGGUCACGGAGGAGGCCGAGGAGCGCCUCUGCUUUCAGCUUGGCGAGCUCGAGGCCGAGGCCGUGGGCCAGGCCCGGGAAUACAGGGCCCGGAUUAUGGAGCUGAUGGAGCAGCUUGCCGGAAUGACUCGACAAACCUCCCCAUUUUCAAGCCUCAUUUCUCAAUGACAUUUAUUUUUCUUUUCUUCAAUUUUACGAUUGUCAAUUCUCUUUUUGAGUAGGCACCAUUUAUAUGUAUAGAAGAGAUCCAAUUUCUCAAUUGGAAUUCGCUGAAUAAAGAUGAGAAAUGUAAAGUUUGUUGAAUUUCGCACUAGUUUGAGAAUAUAUAAUUAGUAGUACUAUUACGAUCGA